AUGGCAAUCAAACAAGUCUACGAGCGCUUCCUCUCAACCCCAACCGCUGACGUCCUCACCCGGAAUGUCUCACUCAACUACAUCACAACCACAACCUCAGUCACAGGCUCCGAAGAAGUCAUCAAACAUCUAAACAGCCAGCAAAAAACAAUCAAGAAAAAAGGGGACAAGAUCCUGAGUAUUGUGCAGACAGCGGAUACCUUGGUGCUAGACGUGGAGACUACGUUGGAGUUUCUGACUGGGGGCGGGGCUUAUCUGCCAUCGUUGGAUGAUAAUUUCCUGGCCGACCGGGUGGUUACUUUUCCUACUAUACACAUUGUGCGCUUCAAUUCGCAAUCCCAAAUCAGUCAAGUCAGAAUCUACUGGGACCAGGGCUCGUUGUUGAAACAGGUUGAGGUCAUUGGUGCUCGUGGAAAGAAUUGGCCUAUUCGCGAUGCUCAGGAUCAAGCCAAGUUGAUUGUCAAUGUUGCCACUGCGCAGGGUCUUACCACUCCACCAUCGCAAGAGAGUGGCCAAGUGUCGAGCAGACCCCCUUCGCGAACUGCCACUGCAAGCGAUAUUUUUGCCAGCAGUGACGAAGUUGAGAAUGAUUCCACUCCCCGAGCUCGCGAUAGCAUCAUUUCUCCCCGCGCAGGCGCAACAAAGCACUUCCGUCCCGUUCGCGUAUUCGGCGAAGACGACACAGAAGAUGCGACAACUUCAAGCCCCGUCAAACCCAAGCUAGGAUCGAACAAGGGAUUCCAACCCGUCCGCGUAUUCGACGUUGAACAAACCGACGAUGCGUCUCAUCACGCCCGCGCCGGCUCAACCAAAAACUUCCAACCCAUCCGCGUAUUCGACGUAGAAGGAGGAGCAGGCGGCCCCGAAGAAAAAGAGCGCCAAUACAAAACCCACCCCAACAAAUUCAACCACUUCGAAAUCGGCGCCGAAGCCAACGCCGAACGCGAAAUCAAACCCAACCCUGCCGUGCGAUCACGACCAAUGUCUCAAUGGGAUUUUGCCGAUUUCUAUACACCCGAGAAACCGCGUCAAAAGAUUCGAGCGCAGGACGUGCGUCAUUUUGGAUGGAGCGAUAAUGAAGAUGAGAAUGUUGAGACUCCGCCCGUUAGAACCAGACAUAUCCAACCCCGUCGUGAUGCGGAGACGCAUUUCCAUCUCGAUGAGACGGAUGAUGAGAAUUAUAAACCUGAGCCUGUGCACCCUGGGAAGAGGAUGAUUGGGUCUUAUCAUAAUAAAGGGUUGGACUUGUAUGAUAACAACGUAUACGACGAAGAAGGAAAUCCUACCCCCAACGAUCCUACAGCAGCAGGAGAAAAAGGAGGUAAACAACCCCUCGGCACAGUACCCAACAACAUCAACCGUCGCAAGGACUUUGAUUCUCAUUGGGAAGUUCGUGAUCCUACACCGGACGACACCACUGCUGGAUCUGCAGCAGCGGCAGAAAAUGACCACAGACCCGUGAGUGCUGAUCGAGUCAAGGCAGUUAAAAUGAUGGAAUCUUCAUGGGAUAAAUUCGACGAAGCCGACCCACAGGAACAAGAGAAAGAGAAGAAGACUACGCCGUUGCCGAAGAGGGCUAGUAGAGCUGUUUUUCAGCCUAGUUGGUCGUUGGGUGAUGAGUGAAUUCGUCAAUUGUCAUGGCGAAGAAUCUUAAGGGUUGUGGUGUUGAUUGAGUGAUGCGAUUCAAUUAGAGGUUUUCUGUAUGUGUAUACAAUAUUUUCUCUACAUUUCUUGUUUCUCUUCUUCGACUAUUGUGUUCAUCUGACUAUUCUGUUUCUGUUCCUGUAUUCUCUUCUAUGUCUUGUUUUUGUCUGUUCAAAAAUCAACAUGUUUUAACAAAUACCCCUGUGGAGUAGUCAGAUUGACUCCUGAAUGAAUUAUACAGAAACGU